AUGUCCGACGUCGAGCAGUUCAGCGGCCACCUGAAGGACAGCAAAGGCGGAAUCAAAGCCGAGCUCGACGUCUUCGUCGGUAAGGGCGGCCUUCGCCUCGUCAAGACGGACGGCAAAGUCCUCGGCGCGUUCCCGCUGCAGCGCAUACAGCAAUGGGGCAUCCCCUCGCCCGGGGUGUUCAAGCUCUCCGUGCAGAACGGCGACAAGGUGGUCGCGCUCGUCGUGCACGGCGACGCGGACGAGAUCGUCGCGAUAGUGGACGCGCUCGAGCGCAAAGUCGCGCAGAUCAUCGAGGACACGAGAGCGGUGGAGGAAGGCCGCGCGCCGAUGGACGUGAGCAGCCCGCCGCCGAGGGCGGCGCCGGCGUCGCCGCCGCGGUCGCCGCGACCCGCGUUCGCCGCCGCGAGCGAGACGUCGACGGAGGAGGACGACGACGUCGGGAGGGACGAAGUCGUCGACGACGUCGGAAGGACGUCGGACGACGACGCGCCGAAGCCGAUGGACGCGGACGAGGUCAGCGACGAGGUCGCGGGAGGCGGCGUCGGCUCGUCGUCGCCGAGGCGGUCGUCCGCCUGGGGAGAGCAGGAGCCGGCGCGGGACGACGACGACGACGACGACGACGACGCGCCGCCGCCGCCGCCGCCGCCGGGCGCGGCGGCGGCGGUCUCGCCGCCGAUUCCGGCGGCGGCGCGGAUGCCCGCGUCCCCCGGCGCGCUCGCGGCGGUCUCCGCGGCCGCGGCGGGGGAGAUCAACGCGCUGAAGCGCGAUAUCGCGGCGGCGGAGGAGGAGCUGUCGCGCGAGCGCGAAACGAGAGAGGAGGCGCAGCGGGCGCUGUUCAAGGCGAACGCGGAGUGCGCGGCGCUGAGGGAAGACGCGAGGACGGCGAGGGCGGAGGCGGCGAGAGACGCCGCGAGCGCGGAGGAGGCGCUCGAGAGGGAGCUUGCGCGGGUCGCGGAGGAGGCCGCGGAGGCGUCCAAAGACGCGCACGCGGCGCGGAGUGAAGCGAAAGCGGCGACGGCGCGCGCGGAGAAGGCGGAACGAGACGCGGAGGACGCGAGAGAAGAGGCUGAGGCGAGCGCGCGCGCGGCGGCGGAGUCGGAGAAGGAGGCGACGGGGAAAGUCCUUAAGGAACGGCGUGCACCACGCGAACGGGGUCGUAUGGGAAGCAGUCUCACCUCCGCCGCCGCCGCCGCCGCCGCCGCCGCCUCCGCCGCGACCGUGGCGUCGAGCGCGACCGCGGACGUCGACGCGGACGCGACCGAUGCGCUCGACGAGGUACGGGAAGCGCUCGAAGACGAACGAGCCCAGAGGAACGCCCUCGAAGCCGAGCUCGAAGGCACGCGGGAGAGACUCGCGUCCGCGGAGGAAGCCGCGGAGAAGGCUGGGAAGGACGUCUCGAAGUUGACGAACGAAGUCCGCGCGUUGGAGCGCGAGCUCAGCGAGAUCACGGCGUCGAAAGAAGCCGCGGAGAAGCGCGCGGACGAAGCCGAGACCGCGCUCGCGGCGCGCUCGCCUCCGUCGUCGCCAAGAGCGGCGGCGGCGGCUGCGGAACCUCCCCCGGCGGCUUCAUUCCAAGCCGCGGAGGACGCGCGUCGCGCCGCGGCGAACGCGGAGACCGAACUCUCGAACGCGCGCGGGUUGCUCGCGGCGAUGACGUUACGCGCGGAGAAAGCGGAAGCGGCCGCGAACGACGCGAACGCGAAAGCGGAGUCCGCGGAGAGCCUGCUGACGCAGGUGGAGUCGGCGGCGGAGAAAGCGCUCGCGCGCGCGGACGCCGCGGAGGCGGACGCGAAAGCGCGUCACGAAGAGCUCGCGAGGAUCCACGAGGACCAAUCCGGCGUGGGCGCGAGAGACAUCGCCGCGGUCGCCGCCGCGGAAGCGGAGCGCGCCGCCGCCGCGGAGACGCGCUGCGCGUCGUUGGAGAAGCAACUCGAAGCCGCCGCGGAGGCGCGCGCCGAUUUAGGUCGUCGACUCGCGGACGCCGCCGCGGACGCGGCGGAGGCGAGAGGCGCCGCCGCCGCGGCGACGGACGCGCUCGAAGACGCGUUCGCGUCCGCGCGCGCGAUCGCCGCGCGCGAGGGCGCCGCGCGUAAAGCCCAGGCGGAAGCGGAGUCGAGGCUCUCGAGCGUGAACGCAGAGAUCGCGUUAGCGUUGGAGAGCGCGGCGUCGGCGGAGGAUCUCCGGAUGCGCGCCGCGACGGCGGAGGCGCGGUUAGAGAGCGCCGCGCGGGAGGGCGCGCGCGCGGCGGCGCGCGCGCAGGCGGAGACGAGCGAGUGGAGGGCGAAGUGCGUCGCGCAGGAGAAGGAGCUUGCGGUGUUGCGGUUGGAGACGGUGAAGGCGUCGAGCGAGACGGUGGCCGCGGCGCGUGCGGCGUUUUCAUCGCGGGACGACGACGACUGCUUUUCGUCUUCUUCUCCGGCGAAGGAGAACGCGCGCCCGAGCGACGCGAAUAUUCGCGAGACGACGAGCGGUAUUUCGAUGGACGGGGAUUUUUCCUUCUCCCGCCCGCCGCCGAUGCCGCCGCCGCCGUCGUACGCGAAGUUCCGACCUUCGUCAUCGCCGGGGGGCGGCGGCGCGGCGUCGGCGGGCGCGACGCGACCGGGGAGCGCGGCGGCGACGCCCGGGGGUCGGGGAUCGCUGCUCACCGCGGAGUUUCUCGACUCGCUGCGCGGACGGCUGUCCACGGUCCGCGACUUGUUGGAGUCGCCCGCGGGCGGGGGCGGUGGGGGCGGCGGGGGCGAGGCCUCCGACGCGAAGCGGUACCCGGACGUCUACCCGUGA